AUGCACGGACAAGCAUCUCCAACCAAACUCUCAGCAGGUGCUGCCCGGGCGGUGUCACAGGCAGGGCUGACAUGUCACAACGCGCCAGUGCUCAGCGGGCCGGGCCAAGCGGACGCGGUGGGCUGGAGCCGGGGGAGCCUGCCCCAUGCGGUCCCCCCCGCGCCGAGCCCCGCGGGGGCAAGGGUGGUCUUCACAGGCCCAGACGGAAUAGGCGACUACAGACCAAGGAGGCCUGAGGAUGCUCAUUCCGUAGGAGCGACAUCCCCGGCAGCGGAGGGCACCAGCGAUGCCUGCUACCCGUGGCCUGCCCCCCGCGCCGCCCGCGUCUCGCCCCGCAGAGCUCGCCGCGCCGGGGAGGCCGGGCGGGCUGUCGGAGGGCUCAGCCAGCUCGGCAGACAAACCCUGCAGAGCGGGAGGCAGAUCAAGGACCCGAACGACCGCACCGAGCAACCCAGACCCCGAAGCCAAAAAGUCGGCGAGAACAGCGCCGCGGCCCGCGGUGUCGGACUCCAGAGCAGUGCUGACUUGGAGAGGAGUACCAACCUUUUUGCCAACAACGGACCGUUUCGACAGGCUGCUGAAGAUAGAAUAACACAUCGAUACCAAAAUCCAUGGCAGCCUGCUCCCUCUGUUCUUGAACAGCAAGGCCACAACGCAAGGGCUAGGCUUGCCUGGAAUUUGACCCCCGAGGACAAGGGCUGCAAUGAUUCAGGACAGUCACUUGUCACAGACACCUGUGCUUCCAAAUUAAAAGCUAUGGAGCUCUAUCUCUUCCCUUGCACUACAGCAGCACUUACUGGAGCCAAAUUCACCUUCUUAACCCAGCAGACUGUCAUCAACAUCCUUUUUUUUCCUGCAAAAGAGUUUCACCUGCUUAUGAGGGGUCUGGAGCAAGUUGCAGCAUAA